CCUAUUUUGCCCCUCGCCCACGCCCGCCACGCCGCCCACGAGCCCCGCCACCCCGCGCGACCCCCACAGGCACAGGCGAAGGCACGGCGGAGGCAAGCAGGCCGUCGGACGAGGCGAGGCCCUGCGACGUGGCAGCGCCGCGGAGUGUAAUGGCAGGGAGGCCGUCCGCCCGCACGCCCGCUUAGCCUCGCGUUCCUCCUCGGCGCCCGAGCUGGCCUCUGCGCCUCGCCAAGGGACAGGUACGGGCGGGGAGGCCAGGGCUGUGUGCGCGGGGGGGAGGGACACUUUGGGAGAUUUCACCAUGGAGGCGAUAGCAAAACAUGACUUUAACGCCACAGCUGAGGAUGAGCUCAGUUUUAGGAAAGGGCAGAUUCUUAAGGUACUAAAUAUGGAAGAUGACAUGAACUGGUUCAGAGCAGAGCUGGAUGGCAGAGAAGGCCUCAUCCCUAGCAACUACAUUGAGAUGAAAAGCCAUGAGUGGUAUUAUGGAAGGAUAACCCGCGCCGAUGCGGAAAAACUCCUGCUUAACAAACACGAAGGGGCGUUCCUCAUCCGGGUGAGCGAGAGUUCUCCGGGAGACUUUUCGUUAUCCGUCAAUGUUGCAUCAGAUGCAAAUGUAAACCCUCAGUCGUCACAAGGGUAAGUACGAGUGCUAUCCCAGUAUAGACGUUCUUUUGCUCAGGG